UCUCGCCGUAAAGAAAUCUUGAUAGCAAUGCAAGCUUAUGUGAUGAAGGUGGACACACUCCGUAUCACACUAUGCUCAGACUUUAGAGGUCAUUAUAAUGCCGAUUGUCUGAUCGUUGUCAAAGGAUGCUGAACUUUGAUAUUUAUCGACAACACAAUUGAUCAGCUUUCUUUUUUUACGUUUGUGUAGUAGACUUCUCUUGCUUGUAUUUUUCAAUGUUAGACAACAACUGUUUAAGGAAAUAGCCGGUGUUUAUUCAACAUCAGAUAGCGUAAAACUGGAGUGUUGAAUCUGUUGAUAUUACGUUAAAUGUAAACCACAAUUAAAAUCCCUGUGAUCUUUUUUCGCAUGUGAAUUUACACAACGGGACAGUACAAAUGUACUCGUAGUAAAAUGUUGAUAUGCUGAAAAUGAUGUUGCAACAUGCAUUUUCUAAACCAUCGUACAUGAUCGUUUUGUAACGGUCUCAUGUAACGGAUAAUGUGGACACAAUUCUUAUGAUCGAUGUGUGGCCGCGGCAAUCAGCUUCCGUAAUUCUGUUUUAUAAUCUCAUUUACCUCAAACCUGGAAUACGCAAAUUCAUACGCCAACAUGAUUUGCUGGUGGAGUUUGUUCUUGUUAAUUUUGGCGAUUAAUAUUUCUUCGAAUAAUGGAGAUGUGUUCACAUCAAUGGCGGAUGUGGGAACGCUUGUUGGAUCAGCACAGCGAUUAACCCAUGUCCUGCAAGAGCUCGUCCGAGCAGAGAAAGAGCGAAUACAGGUUAUAGAAAAAUUUGUAAAAGAACAAAAGGAAUUCAAUCAGAAUCUACUAAUCCGCUCGAACAGGGAAGGAAAUUCCGCACAGUUGUACCAUCCCAUCACGGCAUUCCGUUUUGUCAAGCACUUGGGCGUCGACUGGCAAUAUUAUUCCCAGCUUAUUGGCUUAAAUCUUGCUGCGACUGCCGUAGAUGAGGUGAAACGUCUAUCGGAUUCCCACCAAAUAAAACUUCCUGUUGAAGAUGAUCUCAAAGGUGCAUCGGAAGCCUUGGUGCGCUUGCAACACACCUAUGAUUUGGACGAAGAUGUCGUCGCCAGCGGAGAUAUUCCGGGCGUCCCAACGAAAACCAAAAAUCUCACGUCCGUCGAUUGCUUCCUCUUGGGCAUCAAUCUAGCGCAUCUGCAUUUUCACGAUUAUGCUCAUCGUUGGCUAAAUCUCUCCUUAAGCUUGUAUGAAAAAGAAGAUAAAGCGCCGCGUGAAUUCGGCCAGCCCCAGCUGCGCAAGGCGGAAAUCCUAGAUUGGCUGCAACAUUCUGUGUACAACCAUGGCGAUGCGCCGUGGGCGUUGGAGUUAUCUGAACAACUCCUAAAACUCGACCCGGAAUUUCCCAAUGUUAAGGAAAACAUUCAAGUAUACAAAGAUUUCAUCGCUAGCAAAAAUCUUGAAGGAAAACCAGCGGACAAUAAACAGAAAUUAGUCCGGGGUGGUCACUACGAGCGCUUGUGUCGUGGAGAAGGUCAACUGAACAAGACCGUACUGUCACUACUGCGAUGCUUUUACGAAACAUGGAACAACCCAUCCUUAUUACUGCAGCCGCUGAAAUUCGAGAUGGCUUAUACUGAUCCCGAAAUCUACAUUAUUCACGAUGUGGCACUGAACUCUCAAAUCGAACGGGUGAAACUGGUGUCCAGAAAGCACAUGAAACGGGCAAUGGUAGUGAAAGCGGGGACUGGUGAUUCGGAAACUGCGCGAAUUCGAAUUUCCAAAAGCGCAUUUAUAGCGGAGCAAGAAGACCCCGUCAUUGGUGAAUUGAACCGCAGAAUUGGACAAGUUACGAAUUUGAAUAUGGAAGUUGCAGAAAAUCUUCAAAUGGCCAAUUACGGAAUAGGCGGUCAUUACGAUGCCCAUUUCGAUCACUUUCGCACUCUGAAAGAAAUCAACUACGCCCAAAUGCAUGAGAACUGGGGCGACCGGAUCGCCACCCUGCUCGUCUACCUCAGCGAUGUGGAAGCCGGUGGGGCGACGGUGUUUCCUCGUUUGAAUGUGACCCUGUACCCGCAACGCGGAAGUGCCGCUUUCUGGUACAAUCUGCACCGCGACGGUUUAGGCAAUGAAAACAUGCUGCACGCUGGAUGUCCUGUGCUGUCCGGUGUCAAGUGGAUUUCUAAUAAAUGGAUCCGUGAGAAAUUCCAAGAUCCCGCACGACCUUGUGGACUACAGCCGGAUAGCCCUGAGUGGGUGGACGGCUGGCCGGACCCACCGGGUACAGAGAAGAAAAAAGCUGAUGACUAUUCGUCACAUAUUUUUGGAAAUGGUUCUCCUGUGAAAUGAUGCCGCCUUAUAUUUCUAAGCGAUGCUGUUUUGUUGAGUUUACGAGAUUUUAUAAGGACCAAUUUGCAGUUCCUGUGAUAUUCACUCAGCUUUACACUGGCAUGAAUUAAGAAAAUAUUAAAAUUUUAUUAGCAAAAGCACGGCGUAAGUAGAACGAAAGCGACUCGUCCGGUAGGAGUUCCAAUAAAUUAGAGCUUUUCCUUUCA